CCCCGGGGAGCCGCCCGAGGUUCAGGCUUCGCUGCCUCCCGCAACGUGCCAGGAUGCUGCUGGGCCCAGGGAUGCACGACUGCGCCGGACGCCUGCUCCCUCAGCCAAAAAGCAGGAGUUCAGGAUGGUUCCCCCACCACCUGUCAGCAAGCCCCAUGUGUGCCUCUCCACAGUGCUCAUCAUGACCAGCCUCGUCCUCAUGGAUGCCUACCUGGUGGAGCAGAGCCAGGGCUCCAGGAAGCUGGGCAUCUGUGUCAUGGUGGCAGUGGGUGACAUUUGCUUCCUGCUGGUCCUCCGCUAUGUGGCUAUCUGGGUUGGGGCAGAGGUAAAGACAGCUAAGCGAGGAUAUGCCAUGAUCCUCUGGUUCCUCUACGUCUUCGUUCUGGAGAUUAAAGUCUACUUUGUAUACCAGAAUUACAAAGCUGACCGGAAAAGCUUGGAUCUCAUCGCCCGCAAAGCGCUGACCUUGCUGCUCUCCAUCUGCAUCCCAGCUCUCUACGUGCUCUUGGUGGCCACGGAGCACAUGGAGUACGUCAGAACGUUCAAGAAGAAGGAGGAUCUCCGCAACCGCCUUUUCUGGGUCAUUGUGGACAUGCUGGACGUGCUGGACAUCCAGGCCAACCUGUGGGAGCCUCAGAAGAAAGGUUUGCCGCUCUGGGCUGAGGGCAUCAUGUUCUUCUACUGCUACAUCCUGCUCCUGGUCCUGCCCUGCGUGUCCCUGUGUGAGAUCAGCAUGCAGGGCAUCGGCAUCGUGCCGCACCGCAUGAUGCUCUACCCCAUGCUCAGCAUGCUCACCGUCAACAUCGCCACCAUCUUCAUCCGAGGCAGCAACAUGGUCUUCUUCAGGGAUGCCCGGGUCUCCAGCAUCUUCAUGGGCAAGAACAUGCUGGCCAUUGGGAUGAAGGUCUGCAUGUUCGUGCAGUACCAGCGGCACCAGCACCACGCGCCCCCAGGGCCGGACCCGCAGCACAGCACCCCAGCCCAGCCACCCUCGGGGCUGCGCAAGGCCCGGGACCAGCCUGCCUGCCCCGAGGAGCUGGCCCAGGACAACACGUGACGAGCCAGCAGGAGCUACAGCCUGGCCAUCCCCACGCCUGGCCGUACCCACAAACCCGGGGCAGGCUGCGGAGCUCCCUGCCUGGACAGAGGGCAACGACCCUGCUCCCUCCUUCCCUGGGUGAAACUGCUCAGGGCCCCGAGGGGCGCAUGGCAAGGGCCCCCACAGCAGCCUCUGCAAGGCUGCAGAGCAGUUUGGAACCUCAGCAGCCUCUGCAAGGCUGCAGAGCAGUUUGGAACCUCAGCACCCCACCUGGUAAAACAGAGCAGGGGAUGAGGCCAGGGCCGCCUGCCAUGAGGUGUGUCUGGGUGAGGCCAGGCAGCCCCACCCGGUGCCAGGCUCCCUGCCAGUGCUCCCUGUGCAGCACUGCUCUCUGGCCAGCCAGGCUGCUUCACAGGGACACAGCGGGUCACCCACUUCUCUGUUGUGGUUGGCUCUGGCUCCAGUGUGGUCCUUGGCAGCACUUGCUCCCCACUGUGUGAGCCGAGGUCCCCAUGCAGGGGGAGCAAGGCCUGGGCCUCCCUCUGUUGUCACCCCUCUCAGCCAGCUGCAGGCUUGGGGGGACCCAAAAAGGGGUGACUGUCCUUUUUUUGUAUCUCCCUCUUUGCAAUAAAAGACCUGAG